AUGGAUCCUUUUGAAGCUCGAAUGACGAUGGUGGAGCUCGUGGGACGGCUCAACGCCUCACAUUCGUCCGAAUCUACCCUCGCUAGUUUCAUGAUGAAACACGACGACCUCAAGGAAGACCUCUACGCCUGUAUCAUGGAGAUUCUCGAGAGCACAGCCAAAGACAACGUCAACAUGCGUAACAACAUCAUGUGGGCGCUGGGCUUUUUGUGUAUGAAGAUUGAAGAGUACGAGAGUAAACGGAAACGCAAGAUUGCUGAAGGCACGCCAGUCGGAGACUCCAAGGACAUGACGUUCUACAACGCCAGUCUGGUCAAUGAUCUGGUCAAGAUCACCACAGAGCUCGUGUGCUCAGACGACGAGAUUGGCCGAAUCAACAAGCAGAGCGCGUUGCUGUUUCUCAACAAGAUGAAGAAACGCAAACUGGGAACCGCAGCUGGUAAGGGUCCUCAGGGCUUGGAGCAGAUCGACCGAGCUAUUGACAUUCUACAAAAGCGACAACCACCAGUACAGGAUGAAACCGACCUCAAACUGCCCAUGACAAAUGCGCAGAAACUCAAGCGAAUGGAGGAGGACCGGGAACGUUCAAAAAUGGAACGAGAGAAUGCAUGGGUGAUUGGACGGAACGAAGACGAGUUUGAAUUACAAUGGGAUGCCCUGGAUGGCGGUUUCACGGCUCUGGACAAGUACGAAACCCAGGAGGAAAACGAAAUGUGCCAGCUGGCGAAAUUUGGACUGGACUUGUCUGCUGCUGUGAGAUAUUUGGCUCAGGGAAAGCGAAGACGGCUAGAAGAGCCAACGCCCGGGCGGGAAACUAUGGCAUAG